UGAAAUCUUCGAGUAAUAUUAGAAUACUGACUCAGGUUCAACUUUUCUGUUUUCUCUGCUCUAUAUAGCUAGCUAGCUAGCUACCGGGGUAGUUCUAGAGUUCUAUAGAUUCUACGUACCUAUAAUCAUAGCAAUUCUUAUGAUCAAUGGAGGCAAUCUUUGGAGACCUCUACAGGAUGGACAAGCGCCAGCUCCUCUACCAGAUCCUGAAUUUUGGCAUGAUCGUGUCGUCUGCCCUGAUGAUAUGGAAGGGCCUAAUGGUUGUCACUGGCAGUGAGAGCCCUAUAGUAGUCGUACUCAGUGGUAGCAUGGAGCCGGCUUUCUAUCGUGGUGACCUUCUCUUCCUCACCAACUGCAAGGAGGAGCCGGUAAUGGCCGGGGAGAUACUCGUUUUCAAGGUGCGGGGUAGGGACAUCCCCAUUGUACAUCGUGUCAUCAAGGUCCACGAAAACUCCACAGGCAACCUCAACAUUUUGACCAAAGGUGACAAUAACUAUGGCGACGACAGGGAGGGGCAAAUCUAUGCCAGAGGGCAGAACUACGUGUCUAGAGACGAAAUAAUAGGACGCGCUAGAGGCUUCCUGCCGUAUGUUGGCAUGGUGACAAUUCUGAUGAAUGAUUAUCCAUACCUAAAGUAUAUCCUACUCGGAGGCUUGGCAGUGUUUGUGCUCAUCAACAGAGAAUAAAAGCGAACAUUUUUAGAUAGAAAUCAUGAAUUCACUUUUGUAUAUUAUACAAUCAUGGAUCACACGGAUUAUGAUUCCGAGUAAUUGGCAA